AUGUUCAUGUGGGUUGCUGAGUUCAGUAAACGUGUAACCACGGAUCUCACAGACAUGACCAGUGCGCUUGUGGUUGAUGGGAAAACAAAUUUUGUAACCAAUGGAUUACAAAUUUUUGUUUUAUCCGCAUGCGCACCAUGUUUAUUUAAAGUUUUAAUGAUAGAUAAUUCAAAAUUUUUAUUAUUGUUAAUCACUUUUACAGUUGUGAUUAUUAUAAGUUUUGCAGAUGAUGGAUGUUUAUUAACAGUUGGAACACAAUCGUAUAACUUUAAAGGACUUAUUUGCACUCCAAAUGUAAAAUGCAGUGUAGUCAAUUCACAUAGUGGUUCCUGCCAAAAUGAUCCCCGAAUUCAAAUGUUUGUAAAUUGUGGUCAAGCCAAUCAAUACAUAUAUCCAUUGACAUCUGGAACAUCUGGAGGAUUACUUAAAUAUACCAAUGGAACCAUUUGUAAGAUGGGAUCAAUUCCAAGAUCCACUGAUAUUCAAAUGUUGUGCGGAGCUGGACCAACUGUUAUAAAAUCAGUAAAUGAACCAACUUUAUGUAAAUAUGUUAUCAUUCUAACCAGCUCAUUGGCAUGUCCAAAUGUAGUUUCAACAACUAGUACUACUAGUAACAGCGGGGGAAAUUCAAUCUCGACUACUGGUAGUAUAACAACCGACAAAAAUAUAAUAACCACCUCGGGUAGUAUCACAAAUCAAGCUAUCUCCACGACAGGUAGCAUCGGAACAAGCAGUGGUCGUAUUUCAACUUCUGGAAGUAUUUCCACUUCUACUCAACAAUAA